UCUUAAAGGUUCAAAUUUCUAGUACAAAAUCUUCGCAAGUUGUAAAAAUAUAAAUCUGUCUUUACCUGAACCGUCAUUUCCAUCUCUUGCAACACGCAGUUGUCGUCUUCGUACGUGCACGCGUGUUUUGUACAUAGGGGCGUGUUUGGCGGGGGGCGUGUUUAGCCGGGGCUGCGUCUGCAGCUAGACCUAACUCGGAAAGGGAGGAAACUUUGGGCAGCGGCCAGAAGCAUCUGUGCAUCCAGUGUGAAGUAAAGCCUGCCCGCGGCGCCUUUCGGGAAAAGAGUCGCUAUAAGUAAUAUCUGAAUGUUAUUAUCAGACAAGCUAUUACACACCUAAUAGUGGUUUUGCCUUCGGAUUAGAUCGAGCCUACAUUUUAACUCAUAUUUCUCAAUCAAACAUUUCUUUAUUAUUUUAUAACCAGGCACCGCUUUAGGCAGCUUGACAUAUCGCUGGUGUACACGGGGUCUUUGUACGUUUUCAAAUGAGUGUACCCAAGACGUUUUUUAAUAACAGAAACCUACUAAACCUCUUAAAUCUGUUUGAACGUAUCUAAAACCAAGUCGACGGUAAAUACGCUCGUUAUUCAGUUUAAGUGACCAUCUCUCUCAGUAAACAACGAUUAUUCCUCCACCUAUCUACGGCUCCGGAAUCGGGAGGAUAGGUGUUCCCACCUGGGCUUCUGCUUCUGCAGUAGUGGAGUUAUGGACUCCGCCUACGUGUGUGAAUGGGAGAAACGUUCGAAGAGCACUCACUGUCCGUCCAUUCCACUGGUCUGCUCCUGGUCCUGCAGGAACCUUGUGGCAUUCACCACUGACCUGAAGACUGAUGAGGAUGACAAGGAUGUCAAUCAUAUGAUCCACAUCAUUGACACUGAGCACCCUUGGGAUGUCUUCUCCAUUAACUCUGGACAUGCUGAGGUCAUUUCCUGUCUGGAGUGGGACCAGUCAGGUUCAAGGCUGCUGUCAGCUGAUGGGGACGGUCACAUUAAGUGCUGGUCUAUGUCGAAUCACCUAGUCAACACCUGGAAGAACAUGCUGUCCAGUUCUGUGGACGGAGACCCCAUCGUUGCUCUGAGCUGGCUGCACAAUGGUGUCAAACUGGCGCUGCACGUGGAGAUGUCUGGUUCCACAAACUUUGGAGAGAAGUUCUCUCGAGUGAAGUUCUCUCCGUCUCUGACUCUGUUUGGCGGGAAGCCGAUGGAGGGUUGGUUGGCGGUGACCGUGAGUGGAUUGGUGACUGUGUCACUCCUGAAGCCAGGUGGCGCUCUGCUCACCGCCAGUGAGAGUCUUUGUCGGCUGAGAGGACGUGUGGCGCUGGCUGAUAUUGCCUUCACCGGAGGAGGAAACAUCGUGGUGGCAGCUACCGAUGGCAGCAGCUCCUCCCCCAUUCAGUUCUACAAGGUGGUGGUGAGUGUGGUGAGCGAAAAGUGUCGCAUUGACACCGAACUGCUGCCGUCACUCUUCCUGCGCUGCACAACCGACCCAAUGAGGCGAGACAAGUACCCGACUGUCACCCACUUGAAGUUCCUGACCAGAGAGAACUCCGAGCAGGUGCUGCUGUGUGCGUCCAAUCAGAGCGGCAGCAUCGUGGAGUGCUGGUCACUGAGGAAGGAGGGACUUCCUGUUAACAACAUCUUCCAGCACCGAUCGCCCGUUGUCGGGGAGAAGCAGCCGACCAUACUGAAAUGGAGGAUCCUGACCACCACCAGUGAUCUGGAGCGAGUGUCGGCCGUUGCUUUGCCCAAACUGCCGAUCUCCAUCUCCAACACUGACCUGAAGGUGGCGUCAGACACCAAAUUCUGCCCCGGACUUGGUCUUGCUCUGGCCUUUCAUGAUGGUAGCAUUCAGAUCCUUCACCGACUCUCCCUCCACACCAUGGGGGUUUUCCAUGGCUCCUCCUCCACACAGCGGCCUGGAGAUGAAGCCACCAUCAAACGCCAGAGGACCACAGGCCCCGGCCUGCACUUCAAGGCUCUGCAGUUCUCCUGGACGUCUUUGGCUCUGGCUGGAGUGGACAACCACGGCAAACUGCACAUGCUGCGAGUGUCCCCCUCCAUGGGCCAGAUGCUGGACAUGAACACAACGCUGCGCCACCUGCUGUUCUUGCUGGAGUACUGCAUGGUGACCGGCUACGACUGGUGGGAUGUGCUGCUCCAUGUGCAGCCCAACAUGGUGCACAACCUAGUGGAGAAGCUGCAUGAGGAGUACAUGAGGCAGAACCAAGCCCUGCAGCAGGUGUUGGCCACUCGAAUCGUAGCCGUCAAGGCGUCUCUUUGUAAACUCUCUACUGCAACAGCAGCACGGGCGUGCGACUUUCAUGCCAAACUGCUGCUCAUCGCCAUCAGCUCCACCCUAAAGUCUCUGCUUCGGCCGCAUGUCCUCAACACGCCUGACAAGAGUCCGGGCGAUCGCCUGACGGAGAUCUGCGCCAAAAACAGUGACACAGAUAUUGAUAAGGUGAUGAUCAAUCUGAAGACAGAGGAGUUUGUUCUGGAUGGACCUCCCCUUCAGUCCCUGCAGCAGCUCAUCCAGUGGGUGGGAGACUUUGUCCUUUACCUGCUGGCCAACCUUCCCAACCAGGGCUCUAUGGUCCGGCCUGGGUUUGGCUUCAUGAGGGACGGGGCGUCUCUGGGAAUGCUGAGGGAGAUGCUGGUGAUGAUCAGGAUCUGGGGUUUGCUGAAACCUGGCUGCCUCCCCACCUUCACGGCCACAUCAGACAACCAGGACAGCAUGCAGCUGCUGUUCAGAUUACUCACCAAGCUGUGGCUCUGCUCACGAGACGAUAGCCCCCCCCAGGAGCCUGACGAAAGCCUGAUAGAUGAGUGCUGCUUGCUGCCCAGUCAGCUCCUGGUUCCCAGUAUGGACUGGCUCCCAGUAAACGAUGGUGUCAUCGUAAAGCUGCAGGGAAAACACCCACUCAGGCUCCAGUUUGGAAAAGUGUCAUCUUUAACAGGAGCAGGAAGCACUGCCCCCCUGGAAGUGUUUGCUAG